GCCACCACUACAGGCACACACACACACACGCUCACACACAUAGACCAGCCAGUCAGCCAGCCAGCCCGUCAGCUCUCACACUGCACUCACACACGCGCACGGACGGAACAGACGCACAGAGGAGGGAAGGCGCACGGCACAUACACACACACUCACUCACACGCUCGCACGUCUAUAGACCCAGACGCACACACACGCACACACAAGAGGGUGUGCACAGAGAGAGAGAGUGAGAGAGAGAGAGAGAGAGAGAGAGCGAGGGAGUGGGAGAGAGAGAGAGAGAGAGAGCGAGAGGAAGAAGGAGACACACACGCGUGCACUCACACGCACUGACUGCUCUGGAGAGAGAAGACAGUGAUAGAGGAGGAGAAGGAAGGAAGGAGAGAGUGGGAGAGAGAGAGAGAGAGCGCGCAAAGGAGGAGAGAGACCCGUAAAGGACGUGUGCUUGUGUGGACACUCUAAGGAGCGACACUAAAGGAAAAAAGCGCUUCAACACGUCACACCGAGGGAGGCAGAACGCCGCUCAGCACCCUAAAAGAAGAGACUAAUCUGUUGGGGUGAAGCUCACUCCAACCUUUAUGAUCCAGUCCUGUGAGAGCAAGAGUUUAUAGAUGGCCAAUGCUCUGACGUCUACGUGUUGCGUGGUGCUCGCCGCAGUCGUGGUGGUCUACGCACAGCGGAAGAGCCAGCAAGGAAGGAUCCAGUAUGAGAAGAUCGGCACAGACGUGACCAUGCAGUGCGGCUCGCUGGGGAGCGACGCCUCCGUCUCGUGGAAGGUGAACGGCAGCGACGUGAAGGCGCGGCACCGGGUGGAGGGGCCCCGGCUCAUCCUCACGAGCGUGGACCUGGGACACAAGGGAUACUACAGCUGCUUCCAGGAGCCCCACGGGGACCUCCGCGACCAGAUCUCCCUCCGCCUAGGCAUGCCCCCCACUAAGCCCACCAUCCUGUGUCGCUCCAACACCUACCCCAAGGGCUUCUACUGCAGCUGGCACCUGCAGCCCCCGCCCGUCAUCCAGACCGAGUUCGAAGUCAUGGUGGAACAUGCCCAGAAGGUUCUGGUGGUGGAGCGCGACCCGGUCCAUAAGAACCGGUGUCAUGUGAAGUUCCCCGAGCUCUUCUCCUCCAUCCCGUACCGGGUCAACGUGACGGCCAUCAACAGCUUAGGCAGCUCGCACGCCAUCACCUCCUUCGAGGAGAUCGCAAUAGUAAAACCGGACCCUCCAGAGAAGGUGGAGGUGAAGCCCAUCCCCAACCGGGUGAAGCGGCUGGAGGUGACCUGGAACCACCCGUCCACGUGGCCCGACGUGGAGAACUUCCCCCUCAAGUACUUCCUCCGCUACCGGCCCCUGAUCAGAGAUGACUGGCAACACGUGGAGCUGACAGACACCACCCGGCACACCAUCACGGACGCGGUGGAGGGCAAGGAGUACAUCAUCCAGCUGGCGGCCAAGGACAUGGAGGUGGGCACCUGGAGCGACUGGAGCGUAGCCAUCCACGCCACGCCCUGGGUGGAGCCCCUGCCCAUCACCUCCACCACCGAAGACAUCCCU